UGGGAUUAGAAUUCAUAUGCGCGCAGCUCAGCGCAGCAAGUAGCUAUUGCCGAGUGCACACCCGAGUGUAGGGCACCUAUCGAUCGUUACGGCCCUAUAUAUACAUAUAGCAAUAAAGCAGCAGCAGCAGAGGUAAAGCAGUGGCAGGCAGCAGCACUCAGCAGUCGUCGCAGACUGCAGACUGCAGAGUCGGUGGCGAUUGGCGCUCGAGCGCCUCUGUGUGUACACACACUACAUGACUGCACGUAAAUAUACGUAGGUACAUAUAGGUAUACCCUAGAACGUCCUACAUAUAGACAUAAAGCGGGCCGCAUAUACAUGUAUACAAAAUCGCCGCUCCAUUCCGCGAAUAUACGCCAGGUCGCGCCGAUAGCCUAUCGUGGCGGAGCGUAUUGCAAGCGCUGCCAAGUGCAAUCCAGAAAGUGCAGGGGAGCAGACCGCAGCAGCCCGUAUCCCGUGGAAGAGCCCCGAGAAGGCCGAUCGGUCUCGCACGCCUUUCGCAUCUCGCACCGGUUAUACAUAGAUCAGCGUGACAGAAUUCGUGGCGCCGCCACUACCUCGCCUGCAGUGCCUCCUCUGCGAUCCACAGUCCAAUCUCCUCCUCGCUCGGUCGCGUUAAAGGAGCAGCUCUACUCGUUGCGCGCCUUUAAUAUCUCGUGUAGGUGUGUAACCAAUUACGGCACUUUGUAAAUUCUCCGCGCGCUACGAAUACGUUACACAUAGCGUGAGCGUGUACGCGCCUCUUUUUACCUUUCUCUCUUUUCUCUCCAUCCUUCUUAGUUCGUAGGCCUGACUCCGUGAGUAGGUAUGCGUGUGUUGGUGCGCGGCGCAGUGCUACACAGCAUCAAGCGUGUAUUAUAGUGUACAGUAGUUGUGUGUCGCCGCUGCUCUAUAUCUCGCUCUUUUACCCAUACUGCAUACAGCAAGCUAUUUGUCUGCUCGUUCCAUCGUUCUCUGCGAGUCUCUCUGUAUCUCCGGCAGUGCUGCAGGGCCGCUCUCUGCUCUGCAAUCCCUGUGACGUACGCACACUCGACUCGACGAGGAUCGGGCGCUGAUGCGGUCGACGAGCUGCAGUUAGCCGGGACUUCAUAGUAGUAGUCGUAGUAGCGGAGGCGUCAAGAGUCCAAUCCCAAAAGCCAAGCCAAUUGCGUCGUGUGCGUGUCACGAGUGUUUACCGUGAGAGAAAUCGAGGAUCAGAGUUCCAUCGGGUCAUCGUGAGACGUGACGCAGACAUCGCAGUCGCCCCCGAUAUCUCCUUUAUUCUCGACACUCGCUCGAUACUUGGCUCAUCUCUUGGUCGAAUUCCGCCCUGUGUAUAUAAACGACUCGUCACAUUGCUCGCAUGACAUCCGGCAAGGAACCAACCAUGGGGGAGCAGCCGAUUUUUACGUGCAAAGCACAUGUUUUUCAUAUUGAUCCUAAAACGAAACGUUCGUGGGUUUCUGCAUCUACGGCUGCAGUGUCUGUGUCAUUCUUUUAUGACUCAACGCGUAGCCUCUACAGAAUAAUAUCUGUUGAAGGCAGCAAGGCCGUUAUCAACAGUACCAUUACUCCUCAUAUGACAUUCACCAAAACAUCACAGAAAUUUGGACAAUGGUCUGAUGUCAGAGCAAACACAGUAUAUGGGUUGGGUUUUUCAUCUGAAAGUGAAUUGGGAAAAUUCAUUGAAAAAUUCAAUGAAGUCAAAGAAGCUACUAAACAAGCUGGUAAUAAAAUACAAACCAACAGUUCAUCUGUCACACCUGCUACCAGUGCAAAUGUGAGUCCAAUCACAUCAAGAUCUGGUAUGCCAUCAGUUGAGCAAGAUGUCAUCGAUCCUCCAAACUCUUCAAUGAUAAAUUCAAAUAUAUCAGCAUCAAAUAAUCCCAAUCCAAAUGCCAAUAUGAUUUCUGCUCAAAACAGCAUUUCAUCUGUUAGCAGUAGCCCUCUACCAGGUUCUAUGGGACAAUCAAAAGAAGAUGAUUAUAAAACAAUCACGCAUUCAAGAUCACAGAGCAUAUCGCAACAACAAAGUACAAUCGAUAGUCCUCAACAUCAAGGAAAAGGGCAACAACUAAAUGCCAAUGUAAACAGCGGAGGUCAAACAACAGAAAUGCAACUCAAAUAUGAAAAUGAUCGACUAAAAUUAGCUUUAGCACAAAGUUCAGCUAAUGCUAAAAAAUGGGAGAUUGAAUUAUCAACUUUGAAAACAAAUAAUGCUCGAUUAACAAGUGCACUUCAAGAAUCAACAGCAAACGUUGAUGAAUGGAAGAGACAACUUCAACUUUAUAAAGAAGAAAAUGCAAGAGUCAAAGCAAGAUAUGCUGAGUUGGAGGCUAGUAAAAUUUCAGAAGGAAACACUGAUGCCUUGCGAUUGAGGGUAGAAGCUUUGGAAAAUGAGUUACGUACAAGAAAUGAAGAUCUGAAAGCCCUCACUAUGGCAACAAAGAAUAAAGAUUAUGCGUGUUUACAAAAGGAAAAUGCAGAUUUACGCGAGAUGUUAAAUGUUGUUCACGAGCAGUUAGAAAUUACCAUGAGUGCUAAUAAAGUACAGAAACAAAAUGUGGAGACUUUGAACAAUCGACUAGCCAGCUACAUUCAAGAUUUAGUUGGUGUUCAUCGAGAUAUUGCCAACACAUUGCAAACAUAAAGCAGCCUUAGGUAACUUUUUACUACGUAUACAACUUACGAAUGAACUGUGCAGCUAUUUCAUACAUUUUGUAGUGUGUGAGACAAAUAAUGUUUUGAUGCAAUUUUUUUUACAUUUGACCCUCAAUGAGUGUUAUGCAUUCAUUUUUCUUUCAUAAGUUUUUUACUAUCACGUAAUGUAAAUAAUAUCAAUAAUUAGACGUAAAUUCUGAUAGUACUCUCUUUCUAAUGAGACAAUUGGUGAACUUUAAUCAUGACAAAAUGAGAGAUGAUUUUUUAAUUUUUUUUAUAUUACAACAUAUCAUGUUCAUUAUUUGAUAUAAACAUUUUAUGUGAGAACAUUUUUAGGAAAUCUUUAAAAAAAUUUGUUUUCAGCAAAAAAUUUAUC